UGUAACUUUGGAAUACAUCACCUGCUUCAUGUUUACACCGGCACACGCAUGCCCAGUGGACCCGAACAGCCAAUAGAUGUGAGUUUUCAGUCGUUUUAAUGUAGACGGAGAUCACCUCUGAUACGCAGCAAAAACGCUGGUGCAGACGGAGACUGUAUUUGUUUUAAUUCUCCAUUUGUAAACUAAAAAGGAGUAGUGUGGGUGGGGCUUUAGAUGAGAACAAACUUACUAUUAUUUGUGGCAAAGCUGCAUCUUACAAUUUCGCACCAAUAAAAAGAGGAAAUACAACUUCCUUAUUGGUGUAAUAUAUUCUCUUGGUCUCCAACCUGGACAUGUAUAUGCAGUCUAACAGCUGGAUAUGGCACAUCUCUCUAGUCUGAAGAUCUUGCUGAUCUGGGGUGUUGUAAUCGGUUUGGCCAACUAUUCAGAUGAAGGCGGAAUAGCCACCACAAAUGCCCCUCCAUCUCCACAUUGUUUUUACACUGUUAUGAGCAUCAAGGGUGGCUUCCAGAUUAACAUUACAAGCUAUACCAAUGGUACCUACACCAUAAACAUUAAAGAGAAGGGCUCACCUGAGAUUGUAAAGAAAUCCAACGUUCAGCACUCCAAUCAAAACACACCACAUAAUAUCAAACACCUGAAGCCCUGCACUGAAUAUAAGCUUAAUGUGGCAUUUAUUGAACUGAAUGCGAGCAAAGAAACCCCCUGUAACGAUGCUGGAAAUGAAAUCACAAAGACAAUUGGAAUGCGUAAAGAUGACAUUGAAGAAGUCAACUGCACCCCUGGAUACGUUUGUUACCGUAGUGAUUGGAACAUCAGCUCUUCACUGUCAACAUCAAAUCACAUUCAAGCUGAGCCAUGCAAAAGUGACAAUAAAAUAUUGUGUAUCAAACCUCAUUACGAUGACAUCUGCUCAGAUUUGACCACAACCUUCACUUCAGGAAACUGUUCAAACUCCUUUAGCCUCACCAAAAGCAUCCCUGUUGAUUUCUUAAAUUCAAGUAAAAUAAGUCAGACUUUUCCCACUGGAUUUCCUGCAGAAAUAGAAACAACAUUUCCUCCAAACUGUCAUGAUCUCACCGCCAAUUACACCUGUUGGGAAAGUGGAAAACUCAAUGAGCCCAAGAAAUUGCCUGAGUUGGAGCCCUUCACAAACUACAGCUGUAAUAGUCAGAUCCUUGAUGUCAACAAUGUCACCAUAAAAAACACAACUGAGAUCAGCUUCCAGGUUGACUGUGAUCUUACAAUUAACGCAAUGCUGAGUGCAACCAAUACCUCCAUUGUGUUGAGUUGGACCACGACCAGUAACAACUGUCAAGAUGUCCUUUCUCAUCUUCAGAAGCUUUCUUAUGGCUGCAGCUGUGACUGUAAUUCCAAACAGAAACCCACAAUUGCAGUGAACACACAUCCACAAACAGGAACCUGUCAUUUUACUGGACUGACACCAUACACCGACUAUAACUGUAAAGUCCAACCCACCUACAACAACAAGAACGUUGGCAAACCAGCUGAAGUGAAACAGAAAACUGCGAUUGGAAAGCCAGAACGUGUGACUAAUUUGGUGGUGACUGUUCCAGAGCAUAAUGUGAUUAAAGUAACAUGUAAUGAACCAAAAACUUUAAAUGGACCUGCAGUGAAAUACAUUGCAUGUCUUAAUGAUUGCAGUGGAACUCUGAAUGGGAUAAAUGAAAAUUGCAAUUUUGAAUUCAGAGAUCUUAGCUACUCUACGACCUACACAGUGAAGGUGACUGCUGUCAACAGUGAAUUUGAGAGCAACCCCGAGACAAAACAAGUGGACACUCGCUAUAAUGACAAAGCUCACAUUGGGUUUUGGGUCGCCUUUUUCAUCAUUAUCACAUGUGUGGUCCUGGCUGUGGUGAUCUACUUUCAGAAGCGCAGGAAGUCCAGAGAUGACGUGAAUGAAGAUGUGAUGCUUGAAGAAAUUUAUAUUAACGCACCUCGUUGUAAAGACACUGGCUUAUGAAGGAAGGCCUGAUGCAGCAGCGAAACAACUCAUCAUUUACACCUAUUAAUUUGUUCUGUAUGCAGUAGGCCUUUUAAUCUGUCUACACUGGCACUGAGUCUGUUUGGAUUGAUAAUGACUUGUUUGAAAGAAUGUUUUGUUUUCCUGACUCUGUUGGAUAAUACUUUUUUUCCUGUUAUUUAAUGUGCACCUUGUAACAAGUGGAACUGUUCUUGUGUUCUUUUCUACUUUCUUUGCUCUUAAUCUCAAUGAGCUGAGAUAAUGACACAAACUUUAAAUGUAAGGUGACACAAUUUAGGACUAAUAAAAUAAAUUACAUAAAGUUGUAGAUCAGGACCAUAAAAGGUGUCUUUGAUCAUCUUCCAGCCGACUUGUGUGGUGAGCAUUCUGGCGCAAAAUGGCUGCCGUGCAUCACCCAGGUGGGUGCCACGCUUUGGGUUUUGAGUCCCCCCCACUCCACUCUGAAGUGGUUUGAGUUACUAUGAUAAAGCGCUAUAUAAAUGCAUUAUUAUUAUUAUUAUUAUUACUUCUUUCUCUUCAGCGACGCUCAAGUGAAAAUUAAACCAAGUAUUUGGUGCUAUGGCUGUAAACCUGAACAGUUUCCCAAACAGUAUAAUGUUGGACUGGCAGUGAGUAUUUUAAAAUCAUACUUAAAAAUGUACCUGUGUUGCAUGGCUUUGAGAUUAUAUUAUUGUUCUGCUGUAAUCAUCUCAUAUUGUCUAUUUGUAUUUUUCUUCCACCUAAAGAACAAUGACUGCAGCAGCUGCAAAAAUGUAUUGUAGACAUCACCUCCUAUAGGCAAGAAACAAUAUUGCUGCUGAAAUGUGAUACUUCCGCCACCUACAGGCAGUGAAAGCUAUAGGUGGAGUUUGCAGACAUGCGUUUAUGCUUUUUUCAGUUGCUGUAUUUUUGUGUCUAUUUUUAAGGUAUUACCUUUCAUAUUUAUAUGAAAACAUAUUAGAACUUAGUAUCAUACCAGCCUACGAUCGAUACUAAAUACUCAAAAUUAAAUACUAUAAAACUUGUAACUGUUAAACAUGUCAUAUAUAUAUACAUAUAUGUCCAUCUUUUGGCUUGGGCUUAACAUGCAGCCUUUUCGGACAGGUGAAUCCACUUAGUUUGAAUUGUCAGAAGAAAUAAUCCUGUUUUCAGAAUCAUCUAUUGUACAAAUGAUCAAUAAGGAAGGGAAUUAAUUCAAUGACAACCAAAUGUAUGGUUCAAUUAGUACAAGAACUCGUCCUAGUUUUUCUCUACAUGCUGAUGAGAAACACAGCCCUCCUUUGCCCAAAUUUGGAGGGAUUAUUCUGAGUAGCGACUAGCAUCCCUUAAUUUAUUGUGCUGUCAGAUAAAACGGUGGAUUUCGGCCAACCUCAUCAGCUUCUAAAGACAGGAAAUAUGACAUGACAUGAGAUUUACUAGGUUUGUUUAUUCAGAUGACAUGAAUCACAUGAACUUUUAGAUCAAUAAAAAUUCACUGCAGGAUGUAACUAAUGGAAUCAAAGAAGUCAGCACCUGAAGUCAGUAUUAUGUUGUUUAUCAUGGUGUGUUUAAAGGAAAAAAAAAGUUACUGUAUAUGAAUGUACUUACAAUUAAGCUGGUAUCAUUUGCCAGUCUAUUAAACGUUCCAACUCCUACUAUAAAUUCACUUUACACGAAACGUCUCCUUUUGCCACAGAUAUUUACACUUUUUAGGUGAAAGGAGGCACAUGCUCAUCUGACCUAUGAAGUUCAGUCCUUCUUUACAAACGAAAGGGUCCCGAACGUCAGAUCUGAAACUGUUGCCGCUGCGACUCUGCAACUGAAUAAUACUGGCUGGGCUUUGUAACGCUUGGCACUACCUAAACGCUUUAGUGUUUCCUUUUAUAUCAAUCAUCAAUUGAUGCUCCAAUCAUUCAAACAGUGAUACCUGUUCUAAAGAUUAGAUAAGAUGUUAAACACAUGAGACAAGUGUGUAAAGAUGACUAAAUAUCUGCUCGGCUGGGUCAGUGAACUCUUAAGUCCCAUCUUAAAACAUACUUUUAUAGAAGAGCCUUUCCUGAUUUUAAUUAGCUAUUUUUCUUUUAACUGUAUUUUAAUUUCAUAACUUUCUUCCUGCUUUUACUGUGUAUCUUAUUUUGUUUACUGUGUUUUAUUUUCUUUGCUCUUGUGAAAGCACUUUGUAACAUUGUUUUGUCAAGUGCUCUAUAAAUAAAGAUUAUUAUUAUUA